AUGGAGAGUACCGACGAGUCUGCAGCCUCAGAGGCCAAACAAUACUACAAUUCGAUACCUAACGAACACGUACAAGGCGAUGCUUUCCUCAAUCUGGAUAAUUCCUCGAACUUGCAGCAUAUUCUGGACGUUGCACAACACAAUUUGAUAGACAAUUUCGUCGUCGACUUUAGUGAUCGCGCCGCAUUCUGCGCAGUUGACUUGACUACACCUGCGAUUACGAGUCUGCUUGAUGCAGAUCGGCCGGACGUUUUGAGCACUCGCUGGAUUAACAUAUACUAUCCUUACCAACAUAGAACGCUACUGGCAAGCCUUGCAACAAGAUAUGACUUCUCUCCUCGUUUGUUUGCUUUGAUGGCAUCAGAUCCCAAGCAGCCCAGGGAGGAUCAGUCAAGAUCGACACUGGACAAACCCGUUCGAAGACGGACUUGGGGUGUCAACCCAUCUGCAAACCUGGAAGCUGAGCGCGAUCUGCAGGAUGAACUAUCGGAGCACUCUUCGGUAUCCAGCAAAACUUCCACUGCCCAUGGAAAUUUGUACAAGAUCGUGGACGAAAUUUAUCACUAUUCUUCGGUGGAUAUGGGGCGGGCCUACGUCUGUAUAGGCUUUAAUUCGCUCUAUGGAACCAAGACUCCUGGCGAAGAGGGUAUACAUGGGCUCCUACCGAAUUGCACAAGAGUAUGGACUUGGCUCGUCAUAUGCUCUGACAACACGGUCAUAUCAAUCAAUGAGGAUCCAUUCCCGUUCGCGGGUAGCAAUCUCACCACGCUGCAGCAACGCAUCUUGCGCGAAACUAAACGGAAUCUUGUCAAUGUCUUACAAUCCUUGUCCAUGAGCCACGAUCUCCCGCUGCUGCAACACAAUCCUCUAACGUUAUUGCCGAUAAGGAUGCGCCUUGGCCGUACAGCCUACGAGACGGCUCAUCGAUCUUCGGACGUGCCUGGCCUCCUAUUCUACYACCUUUUCGAGAAUUGGUACAACAGUUACACGCUCGUCACUCGCAGGGAGUCCCGAUAUGGCUUCGAGCUCAGUGAGUUACGCAAGCAGAUGUAUGACUGUCCUCGAUUGCACCACAUUGACCGUCUGGAUUCCAUCGGCCGAGAACUUGGCGUGCUUCGCCGGCACUAUGAGAGCUACAUUUCGAUCGUUGAUCGGCUGCUAGAACCGCAGAGCGCUUCACCUGCUAGUCUUCAAAACAGUCAGGUCGUUAGCUCUGACAGCAGGGUCAGCCUCGACACCAUACGACCUGUUGUUUUGGAAAAGGCAAGCAUACUAGGCAUCAGCCUGAGUUCCGCUGCAAAAGUCCGAUUUCGCCGGCUAAAGGACCUCCUGAAUUUGUAUGCGUUGGAAGAGGUGGAAGAAUUCAUCAAGCAGAAGGACUCUCUGGUCAACAUGAAUUUCGCCCUCAUAUCGAUACGCCAGUCCCAGUCAGUUGAUCGACUUACCAGAGUGACGUUGCUUCUCACAAAAGCAACGAUCUUGUUCCUUCCCGUCAGCUUUAUGUCUGGAUACUUUAGCAUACCCCUGACCUCCAACUCUGAGGGCUAUACUGUGAAGACGUACUGGGUCAGCUUUUCCGUGGUAUUUGCUCUGAGUUGGCUGGCACUUUUUCUAUUCGGUGCCUUUAGUGGUAACUUGCAGACUUUCGAAGUCCUCGAGGGUGUUGGGAGGGGGUUAAAGGUCGCUUGGAGGUGGGUCAUUACAGCUUCCAGCUCGACGAGACGCAAAACGGGGAAGGAACGGCAAGUAUAG